GAAGGGCGGGGAUAAGGGCGGGGCACGCAGGUGACGGCGGCGCGGCUGGUGGAUCGCUGGGCGAUCAGGUUCCCUGACUGGCCGGCUUGGGCGUCUGUGCUGUGAAUGUGUGACUGCCUGUUCUGGCCGGCAAGUUCCUCUCUCCAGCUGCCCGCUGUUCAUAGCAUGUUCCCCAGAUCCCGGGGAGCGCAGGCAGGGCUGGCUUAGAGAAGACGCGGUCGCCAGCGCUUGGGCCACGGACUUCCCAGUCUCCUCUUCUGUCUCUGGAGAACCGCCGGGCCGAGCGGCUGGGAGAAGCAGGCCAGAGCCUUCCAGGGCCUCGGGCCCGGGGACCCAAGGAGGAUGAGCUGGCUCUUUCCCCUGACCAAGAGCGCCUCCUCCUCCGCAGCUGGGUCCCCCGGUGGCCUCACCAGCCUCCAGCAACAGAAGCAGCGCCUAAUCGAGUCUCUCCGGAACUCACACUCCAGUAUAGCUGAAAUACAGAAAGAUGUGGAAUACAGAUUGCCAUUCACCAUAAACAACCUGACAAUUAACAUUAAUAUAUUGCUUCCUCCACAAUUUCCUCAGGAAAAACCAGUGAUCAGUGUUUAUCCACCGAUACGACAUCACUUAAUGGAUAAACAAGGAGUGUAUGUUACCUCUCCAUUAGUAAACAAUUUUACAAUGCACUCAGAUCUUGGAAAAAUUAUUCAGAGUUUGUUGGAUGAGUUUUGGAAGAAUCCUCCAGUUUUAGCUCCUACUUCAACAGCAUUUCCUUACCUAUACAGUAACCCAAGUGGGAUGCCUCCUUAUGCUUCUCAGGGCUUUCCAUUUCUUUCUCCAUAUUCACCACAAGAAGCAAACAGGAGUAUCACUUCUUUAUCUGUUGCUGACACGGUUUCUUCUUCAACAACAAGUCAUACCACAGCCAAGCCAGCUGCUCCUUCAUUUGGCGUCCUUUCAAACCUGCCAUUACCUGUUCCUGCAAUGGAUGCCUCAGUACCGACAAGCCAAAAUGGUUUUGGUUACAAGAUGCCAGAUGUCCCUGAUGCAUUUCCAGAACUCUCAGAACUAAGUGUGUCACAACUCACAGAUAUGAAUGAACAAGAGGAGGUAUUACUAGAACAGUUUCUCACUUUGCCUCAACUAAAACAAAUUAUUACUGACAAAGAUGACUUAGUAAAAAGUAUUGAGGAACUAGCAAGAAAAAAUCUCCUUUUGGAGCCCAGCUUGGAAGCCAAAAGGCAAACUGUUUUAGAUAAGUAUGAAUUACUUACACAAAUGAAGUCUACUUUUGAAAAGAAGAUGCAAAGGCAGCAUGAACUUAGUGAGAGCUGUAGUGCAAGUGCCCUACAGGCAAGAUUGAAAGUAGCUGCACAUGAAGCUGAGGAAGAAUCUGAUAAUAUUGCGGAAGACUUCUUGGAGGGAAAAAUGGAAAUAGAUGAUUUUCUCAGUUGCUUCAUGGAAAAGAGAACAAUUUGCCACUGUAGAAGAGCCAAGGAAGAGAAACUUCAGCAGGCAAUUGCAAUGCACAGCCAAUUCCAUGCUCCACUAUAGCUUUGCCUCGUGCUCCUGAUCCCAGAGUCCCUGUAGUCAACGUUUCCAGAACGGCUGACUUUCCAGAAAGCGUAUAACCAUCUUCUCUUGUGGAAGUAUGGGAAGAGCCUUCACUAGGCUGUGCCGGGGAGGAAGGAGGCUUGGAUCCAAUGAACUGCUUCUUGUGCAAACGUUCGGCUAGUCCCAACACCUGAUAGCUCUAAUUCCAGAGAUCGUCUAAGGAUCUGCACUUCUAUUUGGCUUACUUUGGGGGUUCUCAUACUUCUGCCGUAAACUGCAGCCUUUUUUUCUAGUCUGUGGCAUUACUUAUCACUCAUCCAUUUAUGUUGCAGCUUUUAUAUUUUUCGUUUCCAUUACCUCCUCUUCCAAUCUCUUAUCCUUUUGUAUUUUUGCCUUUUUUUCCAUUUCAUUAUCACUUUAGUGGGGAGUCAGAAGGAAGUGGGCAAAUUACUGUAUGUUGUGUUUAACUGGAACAGAAACAAGAAAUUACUUUGGGCCUGUGCAAGCCAUCUGCUGGAAAUGAGAUUCCCUACAUCAAACUGAGCUGUUAACAAAAAACCACUCAUGCACUCAGGGCGCUGACCAGGAAGCCAAUCUCUGCCCGGACCCGGCAUGAGGAAAAGAAAAAUCUGAAACCCUGGGCCUGGUCUUGCACAUGUUUGGGAUCCAAACACACCUUCCUUAUGCACAGAAGCCCCCAAAAGGAGGAAUUCUCAUGUUGGGCCAAAAAUCUCAGACGGCCAGCAGAUGCAAACCAAAAGCUGCUUAGGAGCAAUGAUUCCACGAUUCUGUAGAAUCCCACAGAAAAAGCUGCACUGAAGGCAAGUUUACAACAUACCAGAAAACAGCAUUCAUGAUGAUGGCAGCAGGCAGAGGAAAAAAGUUGCAGGAUGAGCAACCCAAGAACCCGAUAUGAUAGAACAGUCAUCUGGAACAGUAUGUAACCUAAAGAUUAUUGGAACUGGAGCAGGAGGAUGGAAGGCUCCCACACACAUAACGGGUGGUGUUCCUGAAGUGUCUGGACUCACUCUCAAGUGGUUCCAGGAGGAAUCCAGUGGCUGUUGGCCACUGCAGUGGGGUCCCACCCUAUCAUGUCAGCUAAUUCACAGCCAGGCUUCCUGAGAGUCUCUAGUCUGGAUGGUUCCAGGUUAGGGUUUGCUACAGGUAUUUUGCAUAUUUGGAAAGUGACAUGAAGUGGCAGCUGAAGCAGCCAUCCCUGCCCACUCCAAUCUGUCCUCACUGCCCUGCCUCUGAAGGCCAGUCCUGUGCCCCCAGGGACACCUGACACAGGAGAAGCAGCCUCCACAGGCGUUCCCUCCAGCCCCGACUGCAGGCCUUUGCCAGUGACUUGUCCUCUGCUCUUCCAGGCACCCAGCUCUGCACCCUCACAUCCCCAACGUCUCCUGAAAACAAGGCCCUUUUCCAAACCACUGCUCACUGUCCUGCUUCCCUGAUCAAACUCACUGACACUUCCGGAUCUUUUUAUCAGCAGGGAUUUCACAUUAGCUUACUCUGCCAUCUUGGGGAAAUAGGAAGACCUCCUUGUUUCACUUAGAUUUUAGUAUCACGUGAACUAAACUGUACCUCUGAGUAAUAAUCAUGACAUACGCAUGGGCAAUAGCAUGUAGCAAUGUUUCAGGGCUUCAGAGGCAGACACAGCUGCACUCAAACUUCAGCUCUGCCCAUGCCCAGUAACUUGGGCUAGUUACUGAGCCUUGCUGUUUCAAACAGAAAAUGGGGAUAAAAACACCUUCCUCAAACAGUUGUUGUGAAGAUGAAAUAAGAUAAUACAAAUAAGCAUUACAUUGCCAUAAAGAAGAUUCCCAAAAAUGGUGGCUGUGAUACAUAUUUUAUUAUCUGUCCCUCCAGCACAGUGUCCUGGGAGGAAGGAGGUGUUAAGACUCCCUUGAACGUGUGAACGCCGAAGUUUGAAAAGUUAAGGCACGAAGUGAUCAAUGGCAGAAAGACACCUCAAAUGCAAGUCUUUCAAAGACAAACCUAGAGCUUUUGCCACCACAACAUAGCUGCCUUGGUGGGCUACAGACCAGAUACCAGACACUCUUCUAAGUGCUUUAUAUAGAUUAGCCUUAGCUUUUCAAUCCUCAAACAAUCAUUAUGAGGAACGCACUUACUAUUCUCAUUUUUGAUGGGUGGAAACCAGCGCAAACAGAGGGUCAGGGCUUGUCCAAAGUCUCCCAGCUGAUGGAUACGUGGUGAGGCUCUGAUCCAGUCUGGCUCCGGGGUUCAUGCUCUUAAUCAAUGCCUGUCAACCUCAGCUUGUUAUUUUUUCAUAAUUCAACAUGAACCAAUCUUGGUUCCCAAAUACCAACAGUUUAAAGGCUGUGCUUUCUAUUACUUAUAACAGUGCCAUCCUAAUGUAUCACUAGCCACAUGUGGCUCUGAAACACUUGAAAUAUGUCCAGUCUGAAUUGAGACAAAUAUGCUAUAAGUGUAAAAUAUAAGUCAAAAUUUAAAGGCAUAGUACACACAAAAAACGCAAAAACACCCCUUUCUUAGCUUUUUAUUCUGACAAUGUUGAAAUGAUAACAUUUGGGAUAUGCUGGGUUAAAUAAAAUGUUAUUUAAAUUAAUGAUAUAAAUAUUAUACAUAUUUAUAUGACAUAAAUAAUAUGAAAAUUUCUUUUUACUUUAAUGUGGCUAUGAUAAAGUUUAAAAUUCUAAA